AGCAGAAUGGCUCCCACGAAGAAGGGUGGAGAGAAGAAGGGCCGUUCUGCCAUCAACGAGGUGGCGACCCAAGAGUACACCAUCAACAUCCACAAGUGUAUCCACGGUGUGGGCUUCCAGAAGCGUGCUCCUUGGGCAUGCAAAGAAAUCUGGAAAUUUGCCAUGAAGGAGAUGGGGACCCCAGACGUGUGCAUUGAUACUAGGCUCAAUAAAGCCAUCUGGGCCAAAGAAAUAAGGAAUGUUCUGUACCAUAUCCGUUUGUCCAGAAAACGUAAUGGGGAUGAGGACUCACCAAACAAGCUGUAUACAUUGGUAAACUGCGUGCCUGUUACCGCAUUCAAAAAUCUACAGACAGUCAAUGUGGAUGAGAACUAACCUGCUGAAUGUCAAAUAAAGUUGGAGAACUGCCAAAAAAAA